UUUCCUUUCCUCACUCCCAUUCUCUCUUUCUGGGUCUCCCAAUUUCCUCAUAAUCAUGGACCUGAUAGCUUGAAUCAAGCUCCAGAGUUCUGACUUGGCACAUUUGGUAUUUGGGAAACUCAUUGUUGACUUGAGUGGUGAGUGGACAACAUUAGACGGUGAUGGCACCAUCUCCACAAGUUAUUAGAGCCUUUCAGGCAAUGUCAGCUAUUGGUCUCAGUGAACAACAAGUGAAACCAGUUUUGAAGAAACUCGUGAAAUUGUAUAACAAAGAUUGGUCACUUAUUGAAGCAGAGAAUUAUAGAGCUCUGGCCGAUGCCAUAUUUGAGGCAGAAGAUGCUAAGGCGGAAGCAGAAAAGAAGACAUGCAACAGUUAUGAACACAAAGAUAUGGAAGCAGACUCAGAGCCGCUCCUUGAACCUGAACUGUUGACACGGUUGCGUUCAAGAAGUCAAGAUGAGAGUUCAUCACAAAAGAAACAGUCUCCAGAUGAUGAACUGGUGGACAAUGAAGAGGACGAUUUCUUGGUUCCUUAUCGUCCCUUGAAAAGGAUACGUUUACAAAAUCGCGAAUGUCCGGUGUCACCUUCCUCAAAUUCCUGCAAUCCUAUGUCUGGUGGUACUUCGCUCAUAGAGCCAAAAGUGGAGGCAGUGGAAGUGCUUGAUACUCAUUCUGGACAGCAGCCCCAAGAUACAUCACAUUCACCUGAGUUGAGACCACCUGUUUCUCCUCAUUCUGGUAUUAAAGAUAAGGGAAAGAAACCUCUUGUAUCCAAACCCUUGGCAUGGCAAGGGAAGAGUUUCUCCGAAGGAUCAUCUAAUGAUGUUCGCUUUAAAGAGACAGUGGUUGAGCCGGGCAUUGUUCUUUUGCCUAAACAGAAGGCUAACAGUUUAACACUAAUCCAGCCUAAAGAUGAGCCCUUCACUGAUGAUAUGGCCCAAGAUGAGGUUCCCAUUGCCGUGAUCCAUCCAAAUGAGUCGGAUAACAUAAAUUCUCCUCUAUUGACAGAAGGUGCAACUGGAAACCAAUAUGACGAACCUACGGCUUCCCAUGAGAGAGAAAGUAGAAAUGAUAAUCCAAAUUUAUCUAGUGAGGGGACUCACGGGAGUAUGAAUAUUGAGCUUGCAACUAUUCCAGAGGACCCUCCUCCUAAAUCAGGGGAAUCAUCUUGCUUAGAGGUUGCCUCAUCACCUUCAGGAGAGGUAAAGCUUUCUCUGAGUUUCUGUCCAGCUGUUGGAAGACCAGGUUUUCAAAUGCCUAAUCUGGAUGCAAUUCUGAAAUUGAUGGAGGAAAAAUGUCUGAACACAUACAGAAUCAUUGACCAUAACUUCUCUUUUAAAAAUCUGUUGGGACAUAUGUGUGAGAGUGUCUUGGAAUUGGCAACUAAUUCUAUUGAUAAAUCACAGGAUGGAUCACUUAAUGUAGCACCAAAUCUUGAUUCAUUGCAAAAAUCUCCUGCUUGGGAUGCUGUGAAUGGAAAUAAGGAAACACUGUCCAACCAGUCAUGUGCUUUGAACGGGCCUAUAGUCUUGGAUUUCCCUGGUGCAAUUACUGAUUCUGAUAACCCACAACUCUCUGGCCACACUUUUGUUACUAAUGGUUCUUCUGAGGAUCACGUGGAAGACUCCCUGAGUCUGGUGGUUGUUCAGAAUGCUGACCUAACUCCUGAUGACCUAAGGGCUAUUCAUGACGUAAAUGAUAUAUCUAGAGGAGGAGAAAGAGUCAAAAUAUCGUGGGUAAAUGAAAGGAGCAGGGAUCGUCCAUCAUCCUUCUUCUAUAUCUCUAAAAACAUUAUCUUCAAAGAUGCUGAUGUUAAAGUACGUCUAUCUAGCAUUGUGGAUAAGAAUUGCUGUGCAACUUGCUUUGGUGAUUGUGUAUCAGGAAAUACACCCUGUGCAUGUGCAUAUGAAACUGGGGGUAAGUUUGCUUACACACCAGAUGGCCUCAUCAAAGAUGAUCUGUUGGAAGAGUGUAUUUCUAUGACACGUAAUCCGCACCCACGCCAUCUCUUCUACUGUAAGAACUGCCCGCUUGAAAGAAUAAAGAAUGAUGAUUGCUUAGAGUCAUGCAAAGGCCAUUUAAGGAGGACUUUCAUUAAAGAAUGCUGGAUCAGAUGUGGCUGCCAUGGGCAAUGUGGCAACAGGGUGGUCCAGAGAGGCUUAAACUGCAGCUUGCAGGUCUUUUUUACUUCAGAAGGAAAAGGAUGGGGCCUUCGAACCUUAGAUGACCUCCCAAAAGGGGCAUUUGUGUGUGAGUUUGUUGGUGAAGUAUUAACCAACAAAGAGCGUCAUCAAAGGAAAAUCCAAUGCACCAGAAGUGGGAAAUGUCCUUAUCUGGUAUUACUGGAUGCAGAUUGGGGUAGUAAAGCCAAUUUGAGGGAUGAAGAAGCUCUAUGUUUGGAUGCAACAAACUAUGGAAAUGUUGCUAGGUUUAUUAAUCACAGAUGUCUUGAUGCAAACUUGGUUCCGAUCCCAGUUGAAGUCGAGAGUCCAGACCGUCGCUUUUAUCAUGUUGCUUUCUUCACAACAAGAAAAGUAGAUGCCUUAGAAGAGCUUACAUGGGAUUAUGGCAUUGACUUUGACGACCAUGAUGAUCCUGUUAAGGUGUUCAACUGCAUAUGUGGCAGUAAAUUCUGCAGGAAUAUGACACGUUCUAAUAGUAAGUGAUCAAGAUCUGCCUCACUUGCAAGAUGAAGGUUUCAGACUAUUUUGAGUGCUUGAUGGCAUAGCCUUUCCCUCACCGAAGUAGUAACUAAGCAAAUAUUACUGGACUAAUUUUGGUUUCAACUGGCUGUGCGGAUCCAGUUUGUCAGUAGUGGCUAACCUCAGAUUGCAAUGAAGGAUAGGGCAGUGGUAGAUACUUUGGAUGUUCUCAUAGUCAUAGGUUUUGUACAUGUUUAGGCCAGUUGAUGGUCCUAUGCCUUUUGUGAUGUCUUAACGUCCGAUACCAGUAUAUACUGCUCUACUUCUUUUGCUUAGAAAUCGAUCCCGAUUAGCCUAUGUUCUGUCAAUA